AUGUCUGCUCGGGUAGUGAUUCCAAUCAACACAAACUGGCACUUCAAGCAGGCUGGGAAAGACGACAGCGCUUACCUACCUGUUGCUCAAUUCCCGACCCAGAUUCAUCUAGACCUCCUGCAUCACAAACUCAUUCCCGAUCCGUACGUUGGAAAGAAUGAGAACGGUGUCCAGUGGGUUGGCGAGACUGUUUGGGUUUACAAGACAACCUUUUCCACGCCAGAGAUCGGCGGCCGUGCAAAGGCCGUGCUAGCUUUUGAUGGCCUCGACACAUUUGCCACGGUCGUUCUAAAUGGCAAAACGAUCUUGGAGACGGAUAACAUGUUUGUUUCCGAAAGAGCUGACGUAACCAAUGUAUUGAGCAGCGGUGAGGAUAAUGAGCUCGUAGUUACUUUUGAUGCUGCGUAUCUUCGUGGUUGGAAAGUCGUGGAGCAACACCCCGAACACAAAUGGGUUUGUUCGAAUGGGGACAGCUCUCGCCUUGGCGUUCGAAAGUCGCAGUAUCACUGGGGCUGGGAUUGGGGUCCCGUGUUUCUGACAUGCGGCCCAUGGAGGCCGGUAAACUUGGAACUCUACGAGUCUAGACUCACUGAUCUUUACUGCGAGUUCGACAUUGAAGAGUCCCUCGACAGUGCCCAGGUUGUAUCGCACGCUGUUGUUGAAGGGAACGCAUCUCGUGUGCGGUUCGACAUUUCGCUCAAGUCAAAGAGUGUCGCUUCCGAGACCGUCAGCGUUAUAGAUGGUCAGGCUGUGGCUACUUUCAAGGUGCAAAAUCCAGAGCUUUGGUAUCCCAUCCGGUAUGGAAAGCAGCCGUUGUACGCUAUCAAAGCCACCCUCAUCGACGGAGGUGCAGAGGUUGACACUGUGGUCAAGAGGGUUGGUCUUCGCAGGGUUGAACUAGUCCAGCAACCUCUAAUAGACCAGCCCGGAACUAGCUUCUUUUUCAAGAUUAACAAGAUUUCCAUUUUCUGCGGAGGAAGCAACUGGAUUCCCGCGGAUAGCUUCGUCUCUCGCAUCUCCAAAGAGCGAUAUUACGACUGGGUAAAGAUGGUCGCCAACGGGAACCAGUUUAUGCUGCGUGUCUGGGCUGGCGGCUUCUACGAAGAAGAGCCGUUUUACAGUGCCUGUGACGAGCUUGGCAUUCUGGUGUGGCAGGAUUUUCUGUUUGCUUGCGGGAACUACCCAGCUCAUCCCGAGUUUCUCAAGUCUGUUGAGCGCGAGGCUCGAGACAAUGUCCGCAAGCUUCGCCAUCAUCCCUGCAUCGUCAUCUGGGCCGGCAACAACGAGGAUUAUCAGAUUGCGGAGCAAUACAAGCUCGGCUGGGAUCCGAACGACGCCAAGCCCGAGAACUGGCUCAAAUCUGAUUUCCCUGCUCGCUACAUCUACGAGAAAAUUUUGCCAGGCAUUUGCAAGGAACUGAUGCCAGACACGCCAUAUCACCCCGGCAGUCCUUGGGGUGGCCAGGGCACAACUGACGGAACCAUUGGCGAUAUACACCAAUGGAACGUCUGGCAUGGAUCGCAGGAGAAGUACCAAAAUUUCGACAAGCUGGUAGGACGGUUCGUGUCCGAGUUUGGCAUGGAGGCUUUCCCCUCAAUCAAGACGAUCGGGGCUCUUCUCCCCAACGGAAAGGCCGAUGUUGAAGCAUUCGCUCAGUCAUCUACGAUGGACUUCCACAACAAGGCCGCCGGUCAUGAGCGCCGUCUAGCGUUGUACCUAGCCGAGAAUAUUCGCUACACCCCGGAUCCUCUCGACUACUACGUGUACUGCACGCAGCUGGUGCAAGCCGAGUGCGUUGCGUCUGCGUAUCGGCUCUGGAAGAGGGAAUGGAGAGGUCCCGGCCGAGAGUAUUGCGGCGGUGCCCUCGUUUGGCAGAUGAACGACUGCUGGCCGGUGACGUCGUGGGCCAUCUGCGACUACCAUCUCCGCCCAAAACACGCCUACUUUAGUGCCAAGAGGGAGAUGGCGCCCAUAUCCAUCGGAAUCAAGCGGCGCGAGACGAGGCACGCCAGAGAUCGAUACACUCGUGUUCAUGUAACGACGGAGACCAAGGUCGAGAUAUGGGCUUCCAACUUGAACCUGGAAGACUUGACGGCCGACUGCGUGGUCAAGGCUUGGGAUGUAGAAAGCGGAAAGCAAACGUAUUCGGACACGGUGUCUGCGAAGCAGCUCCUCCCCGGCAAUGCGUCGACGGAAAUUGCCUGUCUGAACGUGCCCGUUGUCAAGAAGGAUGCGGACGAAGAGAGCCGCACCGUGGUCGCAGCCUACCUGCAUCAGGAUGGUAAGCAGAUUGCUCGCCACGUGAACUGGCCGGAGCCUCUCAAGUACCUGCACCUGCGAAAGCCAAGGCAAUUAAAGGCCGAGCUAGCCGCGGAUGGUAGGUCGGUCGAGCUGAGUGCAGAAGUUCCGGUCAAGGGUCUGGCGGUGGAGUGUGAGGACGACAAGGUCCGGUUUGACGACAACUUGAUCGACAUUGUGCCUGGCGAGACUGUUGCCAUUGGGGUAAGGGGGGCGAGCAAAGAUGCGAGAUUUACAACACGGCAUCUGAACAUGCUCCACUGA